UUCCGUGCACAGACAUUGUUUCCCCCGGAAUACAUGGCCAUCGUACAGCAACAGGAAGUGGCGGCAGACAUCGGUGAUCAGAAGAAGAGGAAACAUUUUAUUUUUGUCUUUGUAACCCCACGAUGCUGUCACUCAAACUGAGCAUGACCUUUUUGUGGAGGAUCCAACAUGGCAGCUGUUGCUCUGCCCCUCACGUCCUGUCCCACAGUUUCCUUCACAGAGACAGACAGAGGAGGAUAGACAUUGGUCCAGUCAGAAGAGGGUUGAGUUUUUCAGCUGCUGCUGUUGUGAAUUCAGCUCCCAAGCGCGUUCAGCCAUACCUGCGUCUGAUGAGACUGGACAAACCUAUAGGGACGUGGCUGCUCUACCUCCCAUGUACGUGGAGCAUAGCUCUGGCCUCUGACCCCGGCUCUCUGCCCGAUAUUGGUCUGCUGGUUCUGUUUGGAGCUGGUGCUGUUCUGAUGAGAGGAGCGGGCUGCACCAUCAACGACAUGUGGGACAAAGACUUUGACAAACAGGUGUCGAGGACGGCUUCACGACCCAUCGCCUCGGGGGAGGUUUCUCACACACAGGCGCUCUUCCUCCUGGGGGGACAACUGUCUCUCUCACUGGGGAUUCUGUUGUGUCUCAACUAUUACAGCAUUGCUCUGGGUGCAGCGUCGUUGUCUCUCGUCAUCACGUAUCCUCUCAUGAAGAGAUUCACUUACUGGCCUCAGCUUGUUCUUGGUCUCACAUUUAACUGGGGGGCACUGUUGGGCUGGUCUGCUGUGAUGGGCUCCUGUGAUUGGUCCAUAUGCCUCCCACUGUAUUUCUCAGGAGUGAUGUGGACACUGAUAUAUGACACUAUAUAUGCACAUCAGGACAAGGACGACGACAUCAGAGUCGGCGUCAAAUCGACAGCGCUGAGGUUCCAGGAACAAACAAAGCAGUGGCUGAGCGGCUUCAUGGUGGCCAUGAUGUCGGGACUCGUCGUCACUGGAGUCAACGCUGAGCAGACUUUGCCGUAUUAUGCUGCUCUUUGUAUUGUGGCUCUUCACCUGACUCACCAGAUCUACAGUGUCAACAUCAACAACACAGAAGACUGCUGGAAGAAAUUUGCCUCCAACAGAAAUCUUGGACUCUUGUUGUUUUUCGGAAUCAUUGGUGGAAAUCUAUGGAAAGAAAAAAAAAAAGACGUUGAGUCGUUGACAUGAGUGGAAACAUGUGUCCACAUUAACUGAGAUGGAAACAUUCCCCUCAUUCAUGACCUCAUACACACAACAAGUCAUUGUCAGGCAUCUAAAAAUGUACUAGUUACAUUAUGCUCAUCUUUGCAUAUACUUGGAAAAAAUUUAUGAUUUACAGAUGUUUUUUAAAUACACAAAGUAUGGAUUUUACAACGAUCCUCAUGGCACUAAAGUUGAACAAUACAACGCAGAACUCCAAAUGCAUGCCAAAAGGUCCCAACCCUAUGGCUGAAUGGUUACUUUUGCUUUAAUUUACCACAAUUUGUGGUUGUGUUUAUGAAAAAUCAAGUCUUCUACAUAAAUGACUUUCUGAUCAA